UCUCAGAGAUGGGCUCCACGUAACACUUCAGUUCUGAAAAACUAAGGACAGAUGACUCAGUAGUGUGCAAUGGAGAAAACAGCAGGAGAAAUACCAGCCCUGAGGCUACCAUUUUAUGUCUUAUUGUACUGCAGCCAUGCACUCCCAACUCCCAGUGUGCUGCCUUAGGGAGAGAACACGCUUGUCAGACAUUACUAGAUCCAUUUGUUGUCUUACAACUUUUUCACUUUUGCAUUGUGCAAUCCACUUGUGAGAAGAGGAAUGAUGACUUUUUAUAGAUGCUGUUUGAUUCUCUUGGCAUUUAUCUGGAACACCUCUGCCUAUGGACCAAACCAAAGGGCACAGAAGAAGGGAGACAUUAUUCUUGGGGGACUCUUCCCCAUUCAUUUUGGAGUGGCUGCCAAAGACCAGGAUCUAAAAUCUAGGCCAGAAUCAGUAGAGUGUAUAAGGUAUAAUUUCCGAGGUUUCCGGUGGCUGCAGGCCAUGAUUUUUGCCAUAGAGGAAAUAAACAGUAGCCCGACUCUGCUUCCCAACAUGACCUUGGGAUACAGGAUAUUUGACACCUGCAACACGGUCUCCAAAGCCCUGGAGGCUACGCUGAGUUUUGUGGCCCAGAACAAGAUAGAUUCCCUGAACCUGGAUGAGUUCUGCAACUGCUCAGACCACAUUCCUUCUACCAUUGCAGUCGUGGGGGCAACCGGCUCUGGCAUCUCCACCGCCGUGGCCAACCUGCUGGGACUCUUUUACAUACCUCAGGUCAGUUAUGCCUCGUCCAGCCGACUUUUGAGCAACAAAAACCAGUUCAAGUCUUUCCUCCGUACCAUCCCCAAUGAUGAGCACCAGGCCACUGCGAUGGCAGAUAUCAUUGAGUACUUUCGCUGGAACUGGGUGGGAACGAUUGCAGCUGAUGAUGACUAUGGGAGGCCAGGGAUUGAGAAGUUCCGGGAGGAGGCAGAGGAAAGGGACAUCUGCAUUGAUUUCAGUGAGCUCAUCUCCCAGUACUCAGUUGAGGAGGAAAUCCAGCAAGUGGUGGAGGUCAUCCAGAACUCCACUGCUAAAGUGAUUGUUGUCUUCUCCAGUGGACCAGACUUGGAACCCCUCAUCAAGGAGAUAGUCAAGCGUAACAUAACUGGCAGGAUCUGGCUGGCAAGCGAGGCUUGGGCCAGCUCUUCCCUGAUAGCUAUGCCAGAGUUCUUCCAUGUUAUUGGCGGUACCAUUGGGUUUGCACUGAAGGCAGGACAGAUCCCAGGCUUUCGUGAGUUUCUGCAGAAAGUGCAUCCCAAGAAAUCCACCAACAAUGGCUUUACCAAAGAGUUUUGGGAGGAGACUUUUAACUGCUACCUCCCAGAAGGGUCCAAGAAUCUACCAGCUCCAGCCUCCAUCCACAAGGUUCAUGAAGAAGAAAGUGGAGUUGGAAAUAGCACAGCUGCCUUCCGGCCCCCUUGCACAGGGGAGGAGAACAUCACCAAUGUAGAGACGCCAUACAUGGACUACACACACCUGCGGAUAUCUUAUAAUGUGUAUUUGGCAGUGUACUCCAUUGCCCAUGCUUUGCAGGAUAUAUUCACCUGUACCCCUGGAAAAGGCCUCUUUACCAAUGGGUCAUGUGCAGACAUUAAGAAGGUUGAGGCAUGGCAGGUAUUGAAGCAUCUGCGUCAUUUAAAUUUCACCAGUAACAUGGGGGAGCAAGUGGAUUUUGAUGAGUCUGGGGACCUAAUAGGGAAUUACUCGAUAAUCAAUUGGCACCUGUCACCAGAGGAUGGCUCUAUCAUGUUUGAGGAGGUCGGACACUACAAUGUUUAUGCCAGGAAGGGAGAGAGGCUCUUCAUCAAUGAAAACAAAAUCCUGUGGAGUGGAUUCUCCAGGGAGGUGCCAGUCUCUAACUGCAGCACGGAGUGUCUCCCAGGUACCAGAAAAGGUAUCAUGGAGGGAGAGCCCACCUGUUGCUUUCAGUGCGUGAACUGCUCCGACGGGGAAUACAAUGAUGAAACAGAUGCGAGUGCUUGUGCCAAGUGCCCUGAGGAUUUCUGGUCCAAUGAAAACCACACCUCUUGCAUUCCGAAGCAAAUCGAGUUCCUGUCCUGGACUGAGCCUUUUGGAAUAGCUCUGACUCUCUUUGCUGUGCUUGGAAUUUUCCUGACCUCAUUUGUUCUGGGGGUCUUCACCAAAUUCCACAACACACCCAUUGUCAAGGCCACCAACCGCGAGUUGUCCUACCUCCUCCUGUUCUCCCUGCUGUGCUGCUUCUGCAGCUCCCUGUUCUUCAUUGGCAAGCCCCAGGACUGGACUUGCCGCUUGCGACAGCCAGCCUUUGGCAUCAGCUUUGUCCUCUGCAUCUCCUGCAUCCUGGUAAAGACAAAUCGUGUCCUGCUGGUUUUUGAAGCCAAGAUCCCUACAACAGCCAGGGCCACGCUGAGACGGAGCAACGUGUCACGCAAGAGGUCUAACAGUCUGGGUGGUUCCACAGGCUCUACCCCCUCAUCCUCCAUCAGUAGCAAGAGCAACUAUGAAGACCCCUGCUCUCUGCCGACGUCCACGGAGCGGCAGCAGCAGAAGCGCGGAUGCAAGCAAAAAGUCAUCUUUGGAAGUGGGACUGUCACUCUCUCAUUGAGCUUUGAGGAGCCCCAGAAGAACUCUGUGGCCAGCAAGAAUUCCAAGUGCAGAAACUCCUUAGAAGUCCAAAACAGUGAUGACAGCCUGAUGCGGCACAGGGCCCUGCUUCCCCUACAGAACAGUGAACCCCUAGGUGUGGAGCCUGGCUUCCAGGCACCUUCAAGCCAAGAAACCAGCGUACAGGAGUCAGGAGUGGGAGAAACCAAACAAGAGGAGCAAAGCCCAGAAGAGCCACCUCUGCCAUCAGCAAAUUCCCAGAAUUUUAUCGGUAGCGGCAGUGGUUCGGUCAUAGAGAACACAAUACAUUUUUAACAAACAAAAAUGAUAAAAUCCACCACUGUUCCCCAGGGAAACCAGCACACCUUCUUGCUUCUUGGAGAAAGACACCAACGACACGGCUCAGAUGUAGCCUCAACACCUUCUUGCUAAUAAAGGCAAAGAGACACUCACCACCAAAGGACACACAGGAGGCAGACUGUCAGAGGCUACAUCUAGGAACCAUUGUACUGACACUGUGUUUGGUUUAAAGAAAUCAGGAUCCUGACAUCUUGAAAGGACAAGUGAAAAUCUUCCCCCAGCUGGGAUUUGUCUACUGCCUUGCCAUUGUCGGUCCUGCCUGCCAGACUGCAGCUCAGUGGGUGUAGCUAGGGGGUUAGGCAAUUUCAUUUUACUCUGCUUUUAUGCUGAUGUAUAAAACCCCUCUUCCCCACUGUGUAUAAUAGUCCCUCUGUAGACUACAUGUGAGAUCUCUAACCAUGUUAAGACCAAGGAAAGGACUCGGCUUUACUAAAACAGGAUUUGCAGUUUGACCUGAGGAAAGGGGUCCUUUAAAAAUACAACAAAUAAAGACAUAAAUAUUCCGAAUGCGUGGCAUAGCCAACAGUCUGAACAUGUAAAGUAUUUAAUAGGACAGGCUAUUUAUAUAAGAUGUUCCAACCCCUGCUUCCCAUGGCUGCCAGUGUGAGCGGUAGUGAAUGCCGGACAGUGUUCUUCAUAGACAUCAGUGCAUUAGAUCAAGUCACAAGUGUCCUGUUGGUCUGUUCCAGUUAACACGUCACCUCCAAGCUGCCUUUUUUGGUGGAAAGGGGUGACAGCUUGCUCCUGGGGCAGAAUGUUGUGAGAGCUCAGUGAGAUGUAUCCAUGAGUUACUAGAUCGCUAUGCUCAAUGAAGUGUCUCUCGCGCUCUCACACACUCUCACAAACACACACACACACACACUCAUUCACAGUCCCACAUUCACACAGUCACACUCACAUACACACUCACUCACACAACAAACACUCACACACAUACCACACUCACUCAUAUACACUCACUUACUCAAGCUAGUCAAGAUGGGGAAACUGCCCCUCAAAAGUGUGCAUGUUUGGGGAUAGCUAAAGGAAAAAUGAGCAUUUGAGGGGCAUACAUAGACAAAAGGCUAGGUGGAGUAUAAUGGAAAUGCAUAUGGGCAACCAGAUGAUUUGGGUUUUGUGCCAAUUGAAUAUUUUGGAGCAACAAGGCUUUUGGAGGAUUUAUAUAGUUGAUGAGCCAGGGCAAGUGGCAAGUGUGGUCCAUUUUGAAGGGGUGUCUGGUACGUGAUGUGUCUCCUUUAUCUGAAAGAGAAGCUUUAGGGUGUGGGAGGGGAGCAGAAAGACUUCUAAAGACACUCUCUUUAACGGUCUUCUCAAGGUUGACCCAAUUGCCACAGAUUAUUCAUAAGACAUGCCCAUUUCUCUCCCACCCACUUUGAGAAUAACUGAAAUGAACUUGCAUGUCCAGGGGUCAAAGAAUCCGUGUUACUGUCUGACACACGGGUGACAAUGGCGUUACAUGAGGGAUUUAGUGCUACAUAGAUUCCAAGGCCAGAAGAGACCACUGUGAUCAUCUAGUCUGACCUCCUGCAUAAUGUAAUUCACAGAACUUCCCCCAAAUAGUUCCUAGAGUACAUCAUUAGGAAAACAUCCACUUAAAAGUUUAGACCCCUUUUUGCAACAGUUAUCAGCCUGUGGGAAUCUGGUUUAAUCUUCUCUCAAAAUACAAUAAAAUGCUCUUAGUCACUGCAGCAAUACAAGAUGGCCUUAGUCUUACUUGAACGGAGACAAACAAAGGUCUGUGGAAAUGCGCUGGAAAAAACAUUGCUAUUGUUGUUGUUUGGUUGUCGUUUUGUUUUUUGUUUUGUUUUGUCAGGGCAGGAAAAUAAAACUUCCCGGUGAUAUUGCCA